AUGACCGUUUCCGAUUGCGAAAUAUGCGGACAAACCGCUCACGGAAAUCACUUUGGUGUACUCAGCUGUCGCGCCUGUGCCGCGUUUUUCAGAAGAGCCACACUGAAUCCCAAGAAGAAGUUGAAUUUGAAUUGUAUUCAUGGACAGAAUCUGGAAAUUCAUAGAAAUGGAUUUUUCUCGUGUAAAAAGUGUCGGAUGAAGAAGUGUCUGGAGAGGGGCAUGGAUGCGUCUAAAUUCCAACUCGAUCGUGACAUGAUAUCCACCGCUAUGGUUCCUGUCAAAGUUCCCCUAAUGAUUCCCCAAUCGCUUGCAACAUUCCUAGGACGUCCAAAUUUUUUGAUCUACUGUAACGCUCAAGACCCAACAUCUCCGGGGCCAGCCAAGAAUGUUGUCGACUGCAAUCAUUUGUUAGAUCGAGCCACUGAAAUUCUGAAAAACGGAAGCUGGAAACCAUUCAGUCCGCAAAUGAAUAGCCUGGAACAAAUGUCCGCUGCUUUUGAAAAUAUGAAAAUUUCGAAAUCCUCGGAACUCCAAUUGAUCACUCAUAUGAACAAAGACCAUACACUUCUGAUUUGGGAGCAAGAAAUGUUGAACACCGCCGAGUGGCUAACCAAUUUCAGUGAAUUCAACUCGUUACCGAUUACAGUUCAGAUGGAAGUGGUCAAAUCGAUAUGGCAAACUUACGGAAGGUUCGAGAAACUAGCAAAAACUGCCGAGUUUCGGAGGAAAAAAUUGUUCAAGAGUGAUAAUUUAUUUGUGGUUGGAGACGAGGCCUGUCUGGAUUCAGAGAAUACUGUAGUGGAUGUUUCAUGGUUCACCAACUACUCAUAUGAGCAAGUUUCAUACUUCAUGGAUUGCUUCCAUAACGAAGCGUUUCGUCAAAUCGCCAAAGAGUUUGAAACCCUUAACCCAACAACCACCGAGCUAAACUUCAUGCUCCUUCAAGUUUGUCUCCAGGAAGCUGGCAAAAAACUCCAAGGUGACGUCACCAAAAUGACCGAUUACCUUCAAGACCUGAUCUCAAAUCAACUACACAAUUACUAUAUAAUUGUACGAAACAUGCCAAACUACUCAGCGAGGCUGACCAAGAUGAUGAAGGUGUGCAAUCUGAUGAGACACGAUUUGCGGCGACAAGCCGAAAAGUCAAAAUUGGCAAUGACUUUUGAUGUUUUUAAUAUUACGUUUUCUCAUCCUGAGAUCAUGGGUAACUGUGGAUGA